CUGCAGACAUUGUUCAGCAUUGCGGGCCAUCGAAGCACCGCUGACACACCAUGAGCCGGAUUGUAAGACCUCUCGCCCGGCUACCAUGGCGGAGGCUCAAGACAGACUACCUUGACCUGAACAGAGUGAUCUCAAAACAUGGUUAUAAUGACUAUGCUCAAGAAUAUUUGGGAAAGCCCGCCCCGGAAGGGAUCAGGCUACUAAAAGCCAAACUGGAUGUCAUGAUUGACGGAGAGGCCCGCGGCUUCAGGUACAUGCUCCUACGCGAUGCCUGUAAAUGCAACCUCUGCGUAGACGAGCAUUCGAAACAGCGCAAGUUCCGCACUGCGGACAUCUCUCCGGUAAUUGUCCCUCGGGACGUUCAAUGGGAUGGCAAGAAGCUGCGGAUAAAGUGGUCGACUGAUAUCGAGGGAUGGGGCCCGGACCAUGUGUCCCACUAUGAUGUGGCAAUGUUUAAAGACCACAGGGCCAACCCUCCCAGAUCGGAUACGGGCACGAUGAGGCGUCGAUUUCUCUGGGACAAGAAGUCCAUGAAAGAGAGUCAGUACUGGGUCUCGUACGAGGAUUACAUGAAUGACGAAACAGCAUUCGUCAAGUCUAUGCGCCAUCUAGCUCUGAUGGGCAUCAUCUUCGUUAAGGAUAUCCCCGAUUCGCGGGAGAUGGUUGAGAAGAUUGCAACCAAAAUGGGGCCCCUGCGGAACACCUUCUACGGACCGACAUGGGAUGUCCGCAGCGUCCCCGAGGCGAAGAACGUCGCCUACACCAACGUCUCCCUCGCCCCGGGCUUCCAGCUGCUGCAUUGCCUCGAGAACUCAUGCGACGGGGCGAUCGCGGAUCUAGUGCGUUGGAGACAACCAGAACGAUUCGAAGACCUGACCAAGCUGCACCUGAACUACGAAUACAACCACAAGGAACACAUCUACAACAACAGCUGGCCUGUAUUGGAGACGGAAGACGGCGACCCGAAAAGCCGAAUCGUUCACGUCAACUACUCGCCCCCUUUCCAAGCGCCCAUUAUCUCGGACGAGCACAUCCACAAGCACUGGUCUGAGUACAGGCGAGCUCUCGUGGCUUUUGCGAGUGAAAUCGAACGCCCUUACAACGUCUUCCAGCUGAAGUUGAACCCGGGCGAGUGUGUCAUCUUCGAAAAUCGUCGAGUCCUCCACGCCCGUAACCAGUUCAACACCGAACAGGGUAACCGGUGGCUGGCCGGCGCCUACGUCGACGAGGACGCCGUCCUCUCCACCUUCAGAAAGUGUCGUAACGCCCAGUACCAUACUUGGCACUGGACCAGGGUUCUGGGGCCCAGAAAAGCGCCCAGGGCGGCCGGAGAGGGUGAAGCUACCGCCGAGGAUCACGGAACAGAGUAA